AUGGUAUGCUAAUAAGGAAAAUGUAUCAAAUGUAUGGAUGGAUAUUAAAGUAUAGCUGGUAAAUGCCUUGAAAUUUUGAAUGAUGGUCAUAGGACAGGAUAUGAGCAAUGUGAUGAUAUGAAUUUAAUAGCAGAAGAUGGAUGUUUUAAUGGAUAAUUUGAUUAUCCUAGAGAAUGUGAGUAUUGUUAUCAAGGUUAAUGUCUAAAGUGUCAUACAGAAACAAAUUAAUUAGAUCUAAUUCAUAAUUAAUGCAUAUAAUUAUGUAUAGACGAAUAUUUAUCAAAUGAUGAAAAAUGUGAUGAUUAUAUUUAGAUUCAUUUUGGAUGUAAUGAGUUUUGUGAGAUCUGUUAAAAUUAUAUGUGUACUAAAUGUUAAAUUGGCUAUUACUUAGAUAAACAAAAAAACUCUUGUUAUAGUAUCUCUGGAGAUGGGAUUGUGUCCCAUAAUGAAUAAUGUGAUAUUGGUGAUUAUUUUAUGGACUAACAAUGUGCAAGUUGUAAAUUAAAAUGUUAAAAAUGA